AUGAAGAUUAUGGAUCGCUGGUUGCAACCCGGAUGUUCUAAAUGCAAAGUAAACGAAAUUGAACGAACAGCAACUCAUGAAAUUAUCGAAGACGAAACUUCUUCAAAACCGGUUAACAAAAAAGCAAGGAAGGCUCGAAAAUACGACAAAGAAUACCUUAAAUUGGGCUUCUCGUGGAGUGGUGAUGAAAAGGAACCCAUUCCACUUUGCGUAAUUUAUUUUGAAAACCUUACCAAUGAAAGUAUGAAACCAUCGAACUUAAAGCGACAUUUUGACGAAAGCACUUUGAAUACAAAGAUAAACCAAUCGAAUUUUUUGAAUAUANGGGCUUCUCGUGGAGUGGUGAUGGAAAGGAACCCAUUCCACUUUGCGUAA